GACAGCGAGGACGAUGGUGGGAGGAGGAGAGAGGAUGGACUGAUUGUCACUGUCACCUCCAGGGCACCGCUGAUGAUUUCCACCAGCGAAUGCGGUCCCCUCCGUCCCCGGCGAGACGGUCUCCGCCAUCACGCUUCAGGUCCGGCAUAUUUCAAUCUCAGCAGGCCGUGCGCUCCGGGCAAACAAUCACGCCGCCACAAGCGUCGCAACCAACCCUCCACUGCCAGCUUGACAGACGUUCGACCUCAACAGCUAAUUGUUCCCAGCAUUACUGGGGCUGUUCUGUAUCAGCAUUUUUUUUACGAACCUCCGUUGCUGUGCUUCAAUGCCGGAGCAAGUCUCGGGCAUGACGUAGACAGUAUGUCAUACCUAUACAUUUUGCACCGAAGGCGUCUGUGCUUCCUUGCAGUGCUCACAGGUUACGAAGACAGCCGGACUGUUACGGAUGACUGGAGUAUUCGGCCAAUUUCCAGUAAUGAAAUGGAAGACUGCCAUCUUGACAUUUCCGACUGCCCUGGAGAAAUUCACACCGCGGCGACCGUCACCAGUAUUGGCGAAUGCAACAUUGUUAUGCUCGCAAUGGAUUAUACGCCAUCCACGCCACACCGCGAAAUAUGUGCAUGCUGUGUUCACGUAGAUCCUGGUCCGGUGAAUAUCCUAAUAACCUGCCUCUUUGGGGUGAUGCUAUCAAAGCAAGCUCGGAUAGACUAUGUUCUCCAACAGAUCUUCUUUGUAUACGCUCGUACAGGAAGGAUAAGUCAUAUAUUUCUCAGCGACAACAUCUUCAAAUUCCGAGCGUCCCAGCGAAAUAGACUCAUUCCUUUUACCAUCUAACCGCACAGAGCUGUGAUCCUAGGAACUCGAUUACGCUUUGAACUUCUUGAACGAUCAUGUUCAAUACGUGCCAGAAACAUAUCGGCUGUUGGCAAGACUACGAUGCUUCUUACACCGUUUACGAUCGCCUUCGGCUAUUAAUCCGACAGAUUCUGGUUCGGCUUUUAGAACCGUUCAAAUACAAUGCCCAAAUACAC